AUGGUCCAAGUUCAAGGUCGCCCUCAGUGCUCACGCGCAAAGCUCACGGCUACACAAAAAGCAGAACGAUGCAAGCGGCAGGAAGCGUUAACUGACACUAUCAACACUGCCAAGUCAGCAUAUGCCCAGGAAGCCGCUCACAUUUCAGAGACACAUGGACGGUCUCUCAAAUGGACACACAAUCAAUUGUUUCUGAGAAGCUGUAUGCUAUGUCAACAACGUGGAGUUAAUUCUUGGAACGCCUUUGUUAGAGCCAAGCACAAAGAAGCAAAUGAAGACCUUGAAAAGGGUGAACGAAUCCAGCUCACUCAGUUCAUCGCAGACAACAAGACCAAGCUCGUUGAUGCCCAUUCAAAGCUUACAUUUGCAGAAAAACGAGUUUACAAUAUGCAAGUCCUUGAAGCCCGUUGA